AUGGCGUCCAGAGCAUUCUCGACCGGUGCUAGACGGAUGAAAAAGCUCGACUGGAAAUUAAAGGGAACGUCGGUAGAUGUCACAUGGCUGACUGAACAAAUGGAUGAUAGUAUCGACCAAGUUCCUGGACUUGAGAGCGUUGUGAGUGGGCAGGUAAACGGGAACCCUCAUCCAACGCCCGGAAACGACGACCCCUAUCAUGGAUCUGUGGAGUUGUACAACCAAGCCGGCCAGCGCCUCACAUCAGCGCAUUGUUAUCCUAACGGAUAUGUUAAGUUCUCUAAGGAAAACAAAUACAAGCCUGUAAAGCUGCCGCCGCAUCCUAAAGCCCCUGCUAUACCUCCAGCGGGCCCUACAACCUCGAAGCCUGAUUCGCAGCCCACUCAGUCCGAUUCGAAGUCAGGACUGUCUGGUAAGAAGUGA